AUGCAUGACUCCAUCCAGUGGACAGACAGCUGCAGUGGCACUUUUCAUUUCAUCUCAAAGAACAAAGAGAAAUUGGCGGAGUGCUGGGGUCAGCGCAAAGGCAACCGCAAAAUCAUGACCUAUCAAAAGAUGGCACGAGCAUUGAGAAACUACAGCCGCACCGGUGAGAUCAUCAAGGUCCGCCGCAAACUGACUUACCAGUUUAACCCGGACAUUCUGCACCGUCUGGGCUCGUCACAGGGGAACAUGACCCAGCUCCGUCCACCAUCACAGGACGAACAAUGCCCUCAACAUAAUGACCACAGUGAGCAGGGCUACAGCAGCUUCAGCACCGCAGGCCACUGGUACGGCUCUUAUGGACCCUCACCGAUGUCUGAAGACUAUGAACUGUACCCUGGCUACACCUCGCACUCUUGCAACAAAUCCUGA